CCGGCUACGGGUCCUCAAGCGGAGCGGGAUAUCGGACAGUGGAGCCGAGCGGCGGCGGCGGCGGGGCGGCGGCGGUGGUGGUGGGGGAGGCGGGGGCGGUAAUGGCGGAGCUGGUGCCGGGGCAGAGCGCUCCGGUGGGGAUGAAGGCCGAGGGCUUCGUGGACGCUCUGCACCGAGUCCGGCAGAUUGCUGCUAAAAUUGAUUCAAUUCCUCACUUGAAUAAUUCCACACCUCUAGUGGACCCCUCAGUGUAUGGCUAUGGAGUACAAAAGCGGCCCUUGGAUGAUGGAGUAGGUAACCAGUUAGGGGCCUUGGUACAUCAAAGGGCAGUAAUAACAGAAGAAUUCAAAGUGCCUGAUAAAAUGGUUGGAUUUAUUAUCGGCAGGGGAGGUGAGCAGAUUUCACGGAUUCAAGCAGAAUCUGGUUGCAAAAUUCAGAUUGCUUCAGAGAGUUCUGGGAUUCCAGAGAGGCCCUGUGUACUUACCGGAACCCCAGAAAGUAUUGAACAAGCCAAACGGCUCCUGGGGCAGAUUGUGGACCGCUGUCGGAAUGGACCUGGCUUUCAUAAUGACAUAGAUGGUAACAGCACAAUCCAGGAGAUUCUCAUCCCAGCAUCCAAAGUGGGUCUGGUCAUCGGCAAAGGAGGGGAGACAAUAAAGCAGUUGCAGGAGCGGACAGGUGUGAAAAUGGUCAUGAUCCAGGAUGGCCCAUUGCCUACAGGAGCAGACAAGCCACUUCGCAUCACUGGAGACCCAUUUAAAGUACAGCAAGCUAGAGAAAUGGUACUAGAAAUCAUCCGAGAAAAAGACCAAGCUGAUUUCCGGGGUGUACGCAGUGAUUUCAGCUCCCGAAUGGGAGGAGGCAGUAUAGAGGUAUCUGUGCCUAGGUUUGCUGUUGGCAUUGUAAUAGGAAGAAAUGGAGAAAUGAUCAAAAAAAUACAGAAUGAUGCUGGUGUAAGGAUUCAGUUUAAACCAGAUGAUGGAAUUAGUCCAGAGAGAGCUGCACAGGUCAUGGGACCUCCAGAUCGGUGUCAGCAUGCAGCACAUGUCAUCAGCGAGCUCAUUCUGACGGCCCAGGAAAGAGACGGCUUUGGCGGCCUAGCAGUACCCAGAGGAAGAGGUCGUGGCCGUGGCGACUGGAGCGUUGGAACCCCUGGUGGCAUGCAGGAGAUAACAUACACGGUGCCAGCAGAUAAGUGCGGCCUUGUCAUAGGCAAAGGGGGUGAGAAUAUCAAAAGUAUAAAUCAGCAGUCAGGAGCACACGUGGAGCUUCAGCGGAACCCACCUCCAAACACUGACCCCAAUCUGCGAAUAUUCACCAUCAGGGGAAUUCCUCAACAGAUCGAGGUGGCCAGACAUCUCAUAGAUGAGAAAGUUGGUGGUACCAGUCUUGGAGCACCUGGAGCCUUUGGACAGAGCCCCUUCAGCCAGCCACCUGCUACACCUCAUCAAAACACCUUUCCUCCAAGGAGCACAGGGUGCUUCCCAAACAUUGCUGCUAAAGUGAAUGGAAACCCCCACAGCACCCCUGUGAGUGGUCCUCCUGCCUUCCUGACGCAGGGUUGGGGCAACACCUACCAGGCAUGGCAGCAGCCCACACAGCAGGUCCCAAGCCAGCAGAGCCAGCCGCAGAGCAGCCAGCCUGACUACAGCAAGGCCUGGGAAGACUAUUACAAAAAACAGAGUCAUGCUGCCAGUGCUGCUCCUCAGACCAGCUCCCCACCGGACUACACAAUGGCUUGGGCAGAGUAUUACAGACAGCAGGUUGCUUUCUACGGGCAGACACUAGGGCAAGCUCAGGCCCACAGCCAGGAGCAGUAGAACAAGGUUCUUGCGGCCGUUUUCCCCCUUGAAAUCAUUGUGAAAGAAAACCUAUUUGUAACAGAGGUUUUUAGAUUUGCAAACCUUUUGAUGAAGAACCUUUGUUUUGUUCUGUGAAACACUAUAUUUAGAUUAACAGAAUUUUUCUAAAAAUUGGGAAAAAUUAGCUACUAAAAAUUGCUGAUAAUCUUGUUUCAUUAGUUUUGUUGUUACUUUAAAUGUGUGAGCUCUGAGAUUCUUUUUGGAGCAAUACCUGUGCAAAUUCAGGCACCAGAACGUACC